AUGCGUAAUCCGCUACACCGUGGCUUCACCAAAUUGUUGCCCAUCCACCACAGCGGGCCCAAACCGGUCAUCGACCUCAGGACCCAAUGCCUCGUCAAGCAGCGCGCCUCGUCCUCGGACGAAGCGCAAGGGCGCCGCGACGAUGAUGCGAGCAAGCCGCCCACCCGCCGCGAGCGCUCCGUGGCAGCAGCCUCAGCCCUCGGCGCCAUGAGCCGUCCCUCAAAACCCUCCCAGCGCUCUCAAGGCCCCUCGUCUUCCUCCGAGGGGAAACCCGCCGGCGCCCGAAACCCUGCGAACCUCCCGCACACAGCGACCCUCGGCUCGCGACUGGGCGCCAACGUCAUCAGCAUGCGAAGCCUGCCCAAACGAGACGCCGGUGCCUCCAGGCCAUUGAUUCGCAGAGUAUCCCACGAGCAAGAGGGCGGCCAGCGUCCUCGGUCAGGGCCACCGGGCGCCAACAUCGUGGGCGGACGCUUCAAACCAGGCACCAACGGCCCACGGUUCGCGCGGCCACCUGGCUUCCAAGGAGGUCAAGGGAGCGGGCCGGGGUCUCGCCUGAGGGCAACCUUGGGCGGCGGCGGCAAGCGCAUGCCUCCCAAGCGGGCGGGCGGGUUCAAGAAGAAGAAGCGGAGCGACGAGGACAAGAAGAAGGACAAGGAGGCGUCGAGCAGCUCCGGCAUGAAGUCGCUUGACGAGGAGGUCCAGGCGUAUGUGCGCGAGCAGCAGAUUGGCGGUCCGGAGAGGGCGUACAAGCCGUCUGUCACGCUCGAGUCGCUGGUCGGGUGGGGACCCGCGGUGGCUACGAACACGGCGCUGGGCCAGGCCGACUUGGCUUUCCGGAGCGUCAAGGUUCUGGGAGGCGGGAGGGGAGCUGGCGACGAGGAGCAGUCAUUCAAGAUCGACGAGGUGAAGAAGUGGCUUGUGGCCAACAAGCCCAUCUACUUCUCCAAUGUUGAGCAGAAGAAGGCGGUCAUCCAGACGCUAGCGCACGAGAAGAGGGACAAGAUGGUCCAGAAGUACAAGGACGCCAUCGUCAAGGAGAUCCAGCAAAAGAACGGCAACAACUGGGGAGCGUUCGUGGAGUCCCUUAAGGCAUGGGCAGCUCAGUUCGCAUCGACAGACAAGGGCAAGAAACUGGGAGAGUCUCUGAUCAAGGCCAAUGCGCGACCAGAGGACUGGCUCAAGGUGGCGGCUGAGGCCCGAGCUGAUGCCCAACUUGACGACAUCGCGAGGAAGUACAAGACGCAGAACACAAAGACGACAAGGGAGGCGAUCCUCAAGUACGUCCUCAAGGGAGAGCACCCAGAGGUCAAGUACGCAGAGGAUGUCUAUGGCAAGCUUGCCACGUACCACGCGCAGGGCUCUACUUACACUGCUGCGGACGGCGCAAAGUUCGACGAGAAGAUCAGGAAGCUUAUAAAGGUGCCGCCAGCUGGAAAGGCCGCUCCACGAGCGCAGGCCAAGGCAUAG